AUGAGAGUCACAGUAGCCUGUGCUGGAUGCCGGCUGAAAAAAAUCAAGUGUAUCCACAAUGGCCAUGCACCGUGCCAAAACUGCCAAACACGCAAAGGCCGCGACGAGUGCCGGCUGUUCACCACGCAGGAGUUUCGCAAGUACAAGCGGGCCAACACGGUGCUGCUCAUGAUGGAUAGCGGCAAAAUGGAGCUGUCGGAGAGUCUGGUGAAUACGUGUAUUGAGAUUACUGUGCAGAACCAUCCCGAACUGGUAUUUCUGUACUUUCCCCCGAACAUCAAUCUGUUCCGGCUACUCGACCCGGUGGUGUGUCUCGGUCUGUGCGCUCUGAGCUCGCCAUUUCUUGAAAAAUCUCCCGAGAACUCAGAGUUCAUUGCUGCUUUCGAGGCCAAGCUGCUCGAAAAACUGGACGACAAAGUCAGUAUGGACUACUUGGUGCUACUGCAGGCAAGCGUGAUUUGGCUGCUGCUCAACUGGCAAACCGGAAAAACCAAUAAGGGAUACCUGUUUGGCGGUUUUGCCGACCGCGUGUACACGACACUUACCAAACAGAAGAACGCGGGCAGCUCGCUAAUCGAACAGGAGCUCUACAUUCGCAGCAUCUGGGCCUACCAGCUGACAUGUCUGUCGCUGAGAGAAGGAUACACGGAUGGGCGUGCUAGACUGACAAAGUACAGACUUCCGGUGUCGAAUAAGGACCUUCUUUUUGGACACAUGGGGCCUUCUAAGUACCUCAGCGACAUAAACCUGAGCCAGACGUCGGAGUUGUUCUAUUUAUUUGUGUACGCCACGGAUAUUUGGACAGACAGCAACACGUGGAUUUUCAAGGGCGGCCGAAACCACUACAGAGAGGCACCGUGGAACCCGGCCAGCAAGUGGCACAGUCUCAACAUGCGAAUAGAGUCACUGGAAGCACAGCUGGGGCCAAAGGAGAAGUUUUCGCUGUCCAACCUGGAGGCCUACUUCUCUCUAGGCGAAGGAACGAUUUUCUGCUACCUGCAUCUGGGUAUUUUAAUAUCCAAGAUCCUGAUUCGACGCAAUUACUUUCCGUUUGUGCCGCUGGACCAGACAGGUCCCAAGGGCCCGCAUCCACUGCCCAAGGAGCUUUGCGGCGCGCCCAAGGGCUGGUGGAGAGAAAACGCGCACACAGUUUUUGACUGCAGUCGCACGAUAGCCACCAUUUUUGACGAGCUGCAAAAACGCAAGAAGCUGUUUUGCAACUCGUACUCCGGCUACUGCGGCCUGACCGCUGCGUCUAUGCUGAUCUAUGCGCACAACUUCCCCUCCUACGACCCCACAUUCCGCGACGCAGACCUGUACUACCAGUACUCACACGCGGCGGAUGCUGGAGGCUGCGGCAAGCAACAGAAUUGA